UGAUGCAAUGCCUUAUAAAAAAAGGGUGAGCCCACAUCCCUCGCAGUAGCAGAACUCUUGUCCAUUUCUGUGCGCAUCGCGUUUUUCGAGGUAAUUUUGGUUCAGUUUGACCUGAGGAAAAAAAAAAAACCUCAAUUUUUUCCCCCCACAUCAGUCGCCGUAUUGUAAUCGCGAACUUUGCGAUUUGAUUUGCUUAAUUUGUGUCUUGUCUUUCAAAUUGUCUGGCAACAACCGAGCAUCCUUUUUUAAAAAAAUUGAUAUACAAGGAUCAAUCAAUUCUUGGAGUCUUUUUUUUUUUGUGAUCAUACCAAUCGAGUCAACCUUUUGUUGAAGGGAUUUUAAAGGGAUCCAGCCACAUCUUCUCAAAAGAAUGAAACAAACCGAGAUGAGCCGUUUGUCUCGUGACGACGACAACAGCAGCACCAACAGCAACGACUACAACUACCAGGAUUGCCCGAGCAAGGUCCCGCUGAACGAGCAAUAUGCAGACAUGGAUCCAGAGAGUGAAAACUUCCUCCCGGACAAAAACUCAGGCAAGAAGAAGUACGACACAGAAUAUCACCAAGGCAAUGCCUCAUUUGGGAUGUCGGUCUUCAAUCUGGGCAACGCCAUCAUGGGCAGUGGAAUCUUGGGGUUGUCCUACGCCAUGGCCAACACUGGCAUUGCGCUAUUUGUGAUCCUCCUUGUGGCCGUCGCCAUCUUCUCAUUGUAUUCCGUGCAUUUGCUGCUGAAGACGGCCAACGAAGGAGGCGCGCUGGUGUACGAGCAGCUGGGGUACAAAGCGUUCGGGUUGCCCGGAAAACUGGCCGCCUCCUGCUCCAUCACCAUGCAGAACAUCGGAGCCAUGUCAAGCUACCUCUACAUUGUCAAGUACGAGCUGCCCAUUGUCAUCCAGGCCUUUACAGGAAGUGACGACGGCGAAUGGUACACAAACGGAAACUACCUGGUGCUGCUGGUGUCCCUCUUCAUCAUUCUGCCCCUUUCGCUGCUUCGGAACUUAGGUUACCUCGGAUACACCAGCGGCCUGUCGCUCCUCUGCAUGGUGUUCUUCCUCAUAGUGGUGAUCAUCAAGAAAUUCCAGAUCCCGUGCCCGCUUCCUCACGUGGGCAACGAGACGUCCAGUAAACACAACGCCACCGCAUCGCCCGGCAACGCCACCGUCGGGGACUACAGUGACGCCUGCACGCCCAAAUUAUUUGUCUUCAACUCUCAGACUGUUUACGCCGUUCCCAUCCUGACCUUCGCCUUUGUGUGCCAUCCCGCGAUCCUCCCCAUGUACGAGGAGCUCAAAGAUCGUUCCCAGAGGAGGAUGCAAGGAGUUGCCAACGUGUCCUUCCUGGCCAUGUUCGUCAUGUACCUCCUGGCGGCCCUCUUCGGAUAUCUGACGUUCAACGUGCACGUCGAGUCCGAGCUGCUGCACACCUACUCCAAGUUCUACAAGUUCGACGUGAUCCUGCUGAUCGUCCGGCUGGCUGUGCUCACUGCCGUCACCCUGACCGUCCCCGUGGUGCUCUUCCCCAUCCGUACCUCCAUCAACCAGUUCCUGUGCGCCUCCAAGUUCAGCUGGAUCCGCCACACCAUCAUCACGGUGGUCCUGCUGGCCGGCACCAACAUCCUGGUCAUCUUCGUGCCGACGAUUAGAGACAUCUUUGGCUUCAUCGGUGCGUCCGCCGCCGCGAUGCUCAUCUUCAUCCUGCCCUCGGCUUUCUACAUCAAACUGGUCAAGAAGGAGUCGAUGAAAUCUGUGCAAAAGAUUGGGGCCACGGCUUUCCUGCUGUGCGGCUUCGUGGUGAUGAUCGGCAGCAUGAGCCUCAUCAUCGUGAACUGGGUCCACAACGCCACCGAGGAACACCCGGACGGACACUAAAGGGCGAAGUCAGCGAACUAAUGAAGAUCAAAAUUUAAAACGAAGACACAAGACUUGAUGCUUGGCAUUGACUGAGAGACAGUACGCCAUUCCGAGAGAAUGUACACCCCCGAACUUGUACAGUUUGCCGUUUUGUCCGCACCACAAGUAUGGUGAUUAUUUUUCCCCCGCUUUUUUUUUUUUUUUUUUCAGGGGCCUACAUAUAUCUUCUUUGUCUUUACCCUUAAUGUUACUGUUUUCGUAGUUCUGGUACAGCCGAAAAACUGAACGUGCCUCAAAGCAAAAAUGCGAAAUAGGUACAGGUCAAGGUCGUCUGGAGAGGAAAAAAAAAAACAAAACAAUUAGCAGCUGACACUCAGGUACGGUUUUCUGUUUUACGCGAGUGCGGCUGUGACCUCACGUCAACGAGUCCUGCUGACAAAACAGUGCGAACCACCUCAAACAUUCGCGAGAGGCAAUAGACUUUGCUAGUCUUGCGUUGAUUUAUUUUUCUUUGUUGUGUGUGCCAAACGUAUACCCACGAAGCGUAUUUGUAUACUGUACUGAAAAGCACUUAUCGUUCAGCACACUGGCGGAAAACCCGGACUUGUUUCGGCCCCAGACCGCCGACCCAGUAUUUGUGACCUUUCCUUAAAACUACAACAAAACCUGCCUUUUUUUUUUUUCCUCGCUAACACUGGGAGCUGCAAAGAAACUCACUGGACUCUUAAAAAACAAACAAACAAAAAAACCAACUGUACUGUUUAGGAAACUGCUGAUGUUGGAGGGGCGUGCACGUGUCUGAGGAGAGGAGGCCAAAAAAAAAAAAAUUUUUUUUUUUUUUCUUUCUGGGAGAAUGCUUUGAAAUUGACCAUUUGAAUUUGGUCAUAAAAACGCCUGUCGAAACUUGCAAAUGUUUUAAAAAAAAAAAAAAAAAGCAAGCGUACCAAAAGAGAAAGCGUCGAGUGCACGUUACGGCGGCUCGCUGUGCUUCCAACACUAACUCAACACCAAAACUGUCAUCGUCGGAGCAUCUAUUUAUGUUAAGACCGUUGAAGUUCAUGUAAACUAUUUUAUAUUUAUAUGAUAUUGUAUGUGUGUAUAUAUAUAUAUGUACAUAUAUCAAGUUCAAUUGUAUAUAUCAGUUUUUUUUUUUUUUUUUGCAUUUGGACUUUUUUUGUUGUUGUUGUUCUUAAUGAAUGCGUGGGAGCUGUUAAAAAAAAAAAAAAAAAAAAAACGUUUGGGUUUGUUACGCAUUUUGGUCAC